AUGGCGGCCACAGAUCUUGCGCUCCCCGAACACUGGACGGAGCUGAACGCGUCUCGCAAGAACAGAGAGGCCUGCGCCGCGGACAUCCGUGCUCUCAAGGCCAAGUACCUGCGGGACGCAGCUGCGGCAGCGAAGCAGGAUGCGGAAUCGCAGAGCAGCGCAGGCGGGGGCGUCGACGGGGGUAGCAGCCCGGCCUAUUUCGGGGAGGUGCUGGACAGGAUGCUAGGGCGGUACCGCGACAGCCAGGACAGGGAGUGGUUUUCGGAGCGGCGUGCGGUCGUCUUCAGCUUGGAGACCAUGUUCGCCGAGGCCAAGGAGCGCAAGAUGGGGCUGGACGAGAUCGAGGCGAGCCUGGAGUGCGAGAAGGAGGCGUGGUACCGGUGGGUGCUGCGUCGGCACCCGGAGUUCCUGGCCGUGGCCGGGUCCGGUGUGGGCCGCGACGAGGUCCGCAGCAUCCUAGACGACCCGGACCGGUCACGCGAGGAGCUGGUGGCCGUGGUGGGUCAGGCGGUCGGCAUGUCGACCGGCUGGCUGGAGCGCGUCGACACCUUCGCCGCCAAGGUCGCCGAGGCCAGCGGGGACCCCAUCGCCGUCAGGGAGCUGUACGCCCGUGAGUUCUUCCACCGCGAGGAGGAGGACGGCGCCGUCGUCGUCAUCGACAACGCCCAGCCCUACCUCGACAUGUUCGAGUCCGGGUCGGUCGGCGGGGUCGACAUCACCAUCGAGGCCGUCGUCGACAGGAUCAUCGCGGCCAACAGGGAGGACCGCAGCUCGCAGGCCCAGAGGGACGCGCACCAGAAGCGCCUCGACGAGCUACGACGCGCACGCACCGCCUUUGAGCAGAACAGGGUCCGCAGCAGGGGCCCCCAGCAGAAGGAGGAUGUCGUCGACCAUGCCUACCGCAGCCUCCCCAACUGUGACGUGUGCGAUAAGCCCGUCGAUCCGGAAAGGGUUGUUGCCUGCCCGCUGUGCCAGAUGGUCCUGCAUAUAGGUGGGAGCAGGAAACUGACAGUCUACUGUUCUGAUGGAUGUCUCGGAAAGGGAUUCGAUACACACAUGGCUCAGACCCACGACUGCAUCGGUUCAUCAGACUGUGCGCAGAUGGUUGUAGAUGAAGAUGUCGUCAUGAGAGAUGACGGCGACGACCAGCAAGACGACUCUGCCGAUCCCGUGGCUUGUAACGAAUGUCUAGACCAGAAGCGGAUGGCCGUAUUCUGCUCGCGGCGCUGCGCCGAGCGUAAUUUCACAUCCCACCGACACAGCCAGCAUGGCGAGAUAGAUACGCCCGUCUCGGAGAUACAGACUCUUGUCUCACCGUUGGGGAGGCUGGCCAGCAUUAUCCUUACCCAGGAUAAGACGGGAUUGCAGUUUUCCUGA